AUGUCUUUCAUAAGACUACGAGAAUUCAAGGAUCGCAAGCCUGUCCAGCAUCCCAGAUUGUGUAUUCUUCAUCAAGGAAAGUACAUCAAUGGAUAUUAUACUGGGCAAUUGGCAAAAAUCCAUCAUGCUAAGGAACUUCAAAGACCGCCUGGGCAUCCUGAAGACUGGAGACCUUAUUACCAGCCAAAAAGUUCUUAUCAAGUUCAGUUUGACCAAAUAAGCCUUACCAACUACAUUUGUCAUCGAAGGAAGGAUCAACAACCAUUCAAGGGGUGGUACAAUGAAACCACUUACCAAAGAGCCUUCUCUUUGCCAUUUUACAAAUUCGAGUCAGAUCAGAUUUUAGCCACACCAGUACUUGAUUCGAGACCACUUAACUCCCUACCAAAGCUCUUCUGA